CAACACAGAGCAGAGCAGAGCAGAUCGAGCGCCUCCAUUGCAGCAGGAAUGGACUUCGGUACUGAUGAGCGCCAACACGGCCAUGGCGACGGCGGCGACGCGGCGGAGUGGAAGAAGGUGGCGGAGCUGAGGGCCGUCGCCGAGGCCCAGGACCCCGCUGCCAAGGAGGAGGACGAUUUCGUGCUGCGCCGGUUCCUGUGUGCUCGGGACUACAACAUUGGCAAGGCGUCGACGAUGCUCCUCCAGUACCUCGCCUGGAAGCGCGUCACCAAGCCCCAUGGCUCCAUCUCCGGCGAGGAGGUGCGCGACGAGAUCGCAAAGAAGAGGGUCGACAUGCAGGGCUUCGAUCGUCUUGGUCGCCCCAUGGCGUAUAUCUAUGGCGCACGCCACUUUCCCGCCCGGCGAGACCUUGACGGAUUCAAGCGCUAUGUAGCCUAUGUCCUCGACAAAAUAUGCACCAGGUUGCCGGUGGGGCAGGAGAAGUUUGCGGCAGUGAUAGACUUGAGAGGGUGGGGGUAUGCAAACUGCGACAUCCGAGGCUAUGCGGCAGCGCUCGACAUCAUGCAGAGCUAUUACCCUGAGCGAUUGGGGCGUGUGUUCCUGAUCCAUGUGCCCUACAUGUUCAUGGCCGCAUGGAAGAUGGUUUACCCCUUCAUCGAUGACAAGACAAAGAAGAAGUUUGUGUUUGUCGCUGAUAGGGACCUCGAUGCCACUCUUCGGGACGCCAUUGACGACUCCCAACUACCUGAGGAAUAUGGCGGCAAGCUCAAGCUAUAGGGCCACAGUAGUUCAAUGUCGUGCAAGUCCAUCUGACUAUCGAACAAUUAACAUAUGCAAUUAAGGGUGCCCCGAAAUAGCCAUCGAUGGAGCCUAGAUGAGAGAAGCGACGAUCCGUUCAAUGGCAGGAGAUCGACUCACCGUAGACCACCCCCACUGACGUGUGCCCCUUUAUGUAUGUUUAGCUAUGAGUGAAUCCUACAUAAAUAAUUCAGAUGAAUUUGAUAUGGGAA